AUGAAAAGUAUUUUUCUACUAAUUAUUUUUUGUAUGAUAAAGUGUUCUCUUCUUCAAAAAAACAUUUCAAUUCCAAAAGAAGAUCGAGAUAAUUAUGAAAUAACUAAACAAACAGUAAAAAUUGUAAAUAUAAUCGAACAUGAAAUAUUGGAAAAAGAUAAUAAGAAACGGGGUAGAAAAAGAAAAUCAAACAAAAAUAGAAGAAAAUCAAGAAAUCAUUCAAGGAGAAGGUCAAAAUCAAAAGCAAAAGAACAAUCAGGAUUGUUUGAAGGUGAUAUUUUACUUAACUCAAAACAGGCAUCAGAUAUAGUUACUGAUCUUGUUAAUCAAGCAGAAAAUAAAGGAAUUGACCUUCCAGAUUCAACUGAUGAAACAAUUACUAGAAUAAAGAGAAAAAUAGAUGGUGAUGUAAAAUACAAUUGGACAUUUCCAAUAAACUAUUUUGUAGAGAAAGAAGUUAAUAGUACUGUUAUUGAUGAAGCUUUGAAAUUAAUUGAGAAACAUACAUGUAUAAGAUUUCAAAAAAAUGAAAAAAUAUUAAAUAAUGCCUCAGGACUAAGAUAUUAUUUUGGGCCUGGUUGUUUUAGUUAUGUUGGAAGAAUGUAUAAUAAUAAAAUGCAAGAUGUUAGUAUUGGACAAAAUUGUGAUACAAUUGGAACUGUUCAACAUGAAACUUUACAUGCUUUAGGAUUUGAUCAUGAACAAUGUAGAUAUGAUAGAGAUGAUUAUAUAGAUAUUUUCCUUGAAAAUGUAGAACAAGGUAGUGAAAAUAAUUUUGUAAAACUUAGUAAAGAAUUUGCAAUAACAUUAGGUACGCCAUACGACUAUGGAUCUACUAUGCAAUAUACAUAUACAUCAUUUGGUAAAGAUGAUAAAUUUACAAUGCUUCCAAAAGAGUCAUUAUAUAAUGAAACAUUGGGUCUUGAUGAAGAAGCUUCUUUUCUAGAUAUUAAAUUGUUGAAUAAAUACUAUUGUAGUAGUAUAUGUUUAAAUACAUUACAAUGUAGUAAUGGAGGUUAUCAAGAUCCUAAUGAUUGUUCUAAAUGUAAAUGUGUUGAAGGGUUUACUGGAGUACAAUGUGAUGAAUUGCCAAAAGUAACGGAAACAUGUAAAAGAGUACUUUUUAAUGUAACAAAUGAAUUACAAACAUUAACGCUACUUGGAAAAAAAAAUUGUGUUUACCACUUUCUUUCAAACGAAAAAGAAGUAAUUCUUUUCUACAUAGAUAAGGCUCGUUUUUUGCCAAGAUCUUAUCCUCAAUGCAUUCUCAUGAAUAGUCUUGAAGUGAAAUAUCUAGAUGAUAAAACUCGUACUGGUGCUAUUAUUUGUGGUGGCAAAGUUGAUUUAAAAGUGAAAUCAAAAAAUUACCAUUUAAUGUUACACUAUAGAAGCUCUGAAGAUGAUAAUGGAGCUGUAGUUUCAUUUAAGAGUGUUAAAAAUUCAAAUUUAAAUUACAAUAUAAAAAAAGUUGCAGAUUAUAAAAAAAAUUAA